UGCCUACGCCUACACUUACACCUACUAUAUAUCACAAAGAACACAUUUAAAAAAAAUAAAACUCCAUAUCACACCAGUACACUUUCCAUUUCCAUUUCCAUGUCCACAUACUUUUUUAUAGUCAUUGAGGUCAUUGAAAUCCAAAAAAUUUAAUGUUUAUGUCGAUAAAUAAUUACAAAUAAAUGUCGUGAUCAUGAAUUGUUCGUGUGUAAUUUGCUGGGUAAGAUUGCAAUCAAAUCAUAAUAUAAUUGCAACUGAUUGUGGUCAUAUUUUUCACAAUAAGUGCCUUAACGACUGGAUCGAGAGAUCACAAACAUGUCCGGAAUGUCGGAAAGAUAUAAAUUCAACAAAAAUACGACGUCUUUAUUUAAAUUUUACUAACGAUGAUACGAUCCAAGAUGACCCAGCAGUAUUACAAGAACAGAUUGAUAAAUUGCAAUAUUUAACACGUUUACAUGAAUCUCAGAUAUUGAAACUGACGGCACAAAAAAAAAGUUAUGAGCAGAGAAUAAGUGGAUUGGAUCAAGAUUUAUCAAAGCAGACCAAUGAAGUAAGAAAGUUGGAUGCUGUUAUUUUUGCUCUUGAAGAACAAUUGAAGGGUCAUAAAGUUGCUUGUGAAGAAAGUAGAUAUUACAAAGAACAAACUACUAAAAUUAAAGUUGAAUUAGAAAGUUUAAAAGGUUACUUGAUUCACGAAAAGACAGCACACGAACAUUACAAAUCAUUAGUUCAAAAAUUAGAAUUACAUGUUAGUCAGUACACCGCUAAAGUUGAAAAACUUGAGCAUCAAUUAGCAGAAGCAGAAAAUAAAUAUUUGAAUAAAGCUCACGAAGUUGAUACUUUAAGGGGCAUUUUAACGGAAGUUAGAUUACGUCCUUUAGAAACACCAACGUCUAGUACAAUAAAUAAUGAUUCAAUAUUAAUGUCAACGAUGCCUGAUACCGAUGAUAAUAUGAGAGAAGAGAGACCUGUGAGUCGAGGCAAUGAUUCGUCUUGCAUGCCCUAUAAUUUGGUUAUUAAGUCUAUUGAAAAUAAAGAAAAUGAACCCCAUGUUCAAAAUGGCAGUAUGUUUUCUUAUUUCAAAAGAAAACUCAGUCCUUUAAAUUUGAGUCUUCCAGAGUAUGGAUAUUCUUCCAAAAGACUUAUGGGUCCGAAUUAUUUAACACUUGAGCCUUAUGUACCAGACGUAGAAGAAUAUAACAAUAGAUCGGAUUCAGUUCCAACAACUUCCGGUCAGCAGAAAAAAAAUUUUGUUAGUAUAACAGACACUCAUUUGUCUCCGACAAAUAAUUUGUCCGCUUCAUCAGCACUUUCGCUUUCUUCUUCUUCACUUUCAUCUCAGUCUUCAAGCUCAUCUACAUGUUCGUCUUCCUCUUCCUCAUUGUCUGCGUCUAGUAAAAAAAAAAAAGAAAAAAGAAAUAAUAAUAAUGAUAAUAAUAUUAAAAAAAAAAAUAAUAAUAAUACUAACAAUAAUAGUAAUAGUAAUAGUAAUAAUAACAAUAUUAACUUGCAACCGACUGAAUUAGUUGAUUUAACUGGCGAUAAUUCGAUAAUUAUUGAUCUUACGUAAAAAUUACUUCAUUUCUUUUUACAAUUUAACAAUUUGUUAAGUCGUAUACAAUGAAACAAAAGUAAAAAUAAAUUUUGAGUCUAUAAUAUAAAAAAAAAUUUUUUAUUAGUAAACAAACUUUGAAAUAUUUCCAUUUCAAUACUACUUUUUUUUUAAAUUUAUCAAAUUAAUUGAUUUUUUUUGUUUUUUACAUAAAUGACUUUUUUUUUUAUUCUGUUUCAUUGCGUGAUAUUUCUUUAUUUCUUUUUUUUUUGUUAAAAAAUAUUUACACGUUUUUCGAAUUUUUAUUUUCGGAUUCUCAGAUUAGAAAAGAACGAAAUUUAAUUUCUCAUUUCGACUCAACAGAUCAAAAUUUGCAUGACAGUAAAAACGUAAUCGAAUUAUUAAUUGCGUAUAAAAAAAAAAAUACUGGUUGAUUUUUUUUUUUUAAAUAAAAUUUUGAUAAGAUUUAGAUGUAAAAAAUAAAUUCAUGUAUGGUAUUAAUAUUUUUUUUUUGUCAUUGAUAAUUGAGUAUUAAUUAUUUGUAACUUAUUAAUGAUUAAUUAAUUAUAAUAAUCAAUUUAAAUGUUUAAAUUAAAAAUUAUUUUCUAUCA